CAAUUCAACUAACACAAAGCAAUGUCUUAUUCUACUCGUCAAAUCGGUGCUGCCAAUACCUUGGACUUUAAAGUCUACUUGGAGAAAGAUGGCAAGCCAGUGUCUCCUUUCCAUGACAUCCCAUUAUAUGCUAAUGAAGAAAAAACUGUCUUGAACAUGAUUGUCGAGGUUCCAAGAUGGACCAACGCUAAAUUGGAAAUCUCUAAAGAAGAAAAGUUGAACCCAAUCAUUCAAGAUAUCAAGAAGGGUAAGUUGAGAUUUGUCAGAAACUGUUUCCCCCACCAUGGUUAUAUUCACAAUUACGGUGCUUUCCCACAAACUUGGGAAGACCCAAACCAGCAACACCCAGAAACCAAGGCCAAGGGUGACAACGAUCCUUUAGAUGUUUGUGAAAUUGGUGAACAGGUUGGUUACGUCGGCCAAGUCAAACAAGUCAAGGUCUUGGGUGUUAUGGCUUUGUUGGAUGAAGGGGAAACCGAUUGGAAGGUUAUUGUUAUUGAUAUCAAUGACCCAUUGGCACCAAAGUUAAACGACAUUGAAGAUGUUGAAACUCACUUGCCAGGUUUAUUGAGAGCCACUAAUGAAUGGUUCAGAAUCUACAAAAUCCCAGAUGGUAAGCCUGAAAACCAGUUUGCUUUCUCCGGUGAAUGUAAAAACAAGAAAUAUGCUGAAGAAAUUGUCAACGAAUGUGCUGAAGCUUGGGAUAAGUUGAUCAAGGGCCAAGUUGACCCUAAGGGAAUUGAAUUAACCAACACUACCUUGUCUACCUCCUCUUCCGUCGAUAUCCCAGCUGCUUCCCCAGCCCCAGCCGCCCCAAUUGAUAAAUCAGUUGACAAGUGGUUCUUCAUCUCUGGUGCUCAUUAAAUGAUCUCUCUUGUAUACUUUUAUAUAAUAUUAUAGCGUAAGAUCAUUAUUAUUGUGAGCGUUC